AUGAAGCUGCGAGACGCCUUCUGCGGUGACACCGCGCGAAUAAGUGUUGGAAUGCCGCGUUUUGGUGGCACGUUUGUAGUUCUACUGUGCUUUGUUGUGUCGAGUGUUGCGAAUGGCGAGAAAUCGCUUCAAGGCCGCAGUGUCGACACUCGGAUCGAGUUCGAAGUGCUGGAAAAUCAGCCGAUCGGGUCGACGGUCGGAGUUAUUCCGAUCAAGCCGAAUUUCACGUAUCGGUUCAAUGAGCAGCCAUUGCAUUUUGCGCUGAAUGCCACCACCGGCGUGAUCACGACCACCUCGGUUCUCGACCGGGAAUCCCUGCCCAAUGACAAGUUUGACUUCGUCAUCUUGUCGAGCUUACCCACUUAUCCCAUUGAGGUGCGAGUGACGGUGCUGGAUGUCAACGACAACGCGCCGACUUUCCCAGAGUCCAGCAUCGCAGUGUCGUUUUCCGAGUCGGCGACAGCCGGAACCCGGGUGAUCCUCGACACUGCGACAGACGGUGACAUCGGCCCGAACGAUGUCACGACGGACUACCAGAUUGUCACGGGCCCUAAAUGGGCCACCGACAAGUUCCGACUUGUUGUCACGACGAAUCCGAGUGGGGAAACACCGUAUCUGCAUUUAGAGUCCACUGGAAACUUUGACCGGGAAACUCAAGCCUUCUACCAACUGAACAUCUCUGCUCGCGACGGCGGUGAAGUGCCGAAGUUUGGGUAUCUUCUCGUCAACGUGACGAUCCUUGACGUGAACGACAAUCCGCCGAUUUUCGACCACAGUGAUUACGUCGUGUCGCUCAAUGAAAGUGUCGCGCCAGGAACGAGGGUCUUGCAAGUGACGGCUACGGACGUGGACGAAGGUGAUAAUUCGCGCAUCACUUAUUUCUUGUCGCCGGGGAAUUCGCAGUUUAGUGUCGACCCUGACACUGGCGAAAUCACGACGUCGAAAAGUUUGGAUUGCGAUGAGAAAAGCUGCGUUUUCACCGUAUUUGCCCGAGAUCACGGGUCACCGCGUCAAGACGGGAGAACUUAUGUGACAGUGAAUCUUCUCGACACCAACGAUCACGAUCCCAUCAUUCGUUUCCGAUAUUUUCCCGCGAACGGGAAAUUCGCAACGGUGGACGAGAACGCGCAAAACGGGUCCGUAGUGGCGGCCGUGUCCGUAAUCGACCUGGACGAAGGCCCCAACGGCGACACUCGCGUCGAAAUCAAAGCCGGCAACGAGCGCAACCACUUCAAACUCGAUUCGACGCCUUCUUUCGACAUCGUUCGCGUCAACGCCGCCCUCGACCGCGAAAAGGUCAGCCGCUACAACUUGACCAUCAUGGCCGAAGACAAUGGAACCCCGAAACGCACAUCAACAGCCUUCCUCAUCAUCCAAGUGAACGACAUCAACGACCACGAACCCGUAUUCGAAAAGAGCGAAUACUCGGCCACGUUCAGCGAAUUGGCGCCCGUGGGCACUUAUGUGGCGGGCAUCACGGCCACGGACGAAGACACCGGCGUCAACUCCAACAUCUACUACUCUAUAGUGUCGGGGAAUGAUCACCAAUGGUUCGACAUUGACAACGUAUCCGGGUUAGUGACGACACGGGCCAAGCUGGACCGGGAAUUGCAAGACACGGUCACGUUGAAGAUAUCGGCCCGUGAUGGAGGACCGAGUCCCAAAUGGGCUUACACGAGUCUGAAGAUUCAGAUUCUCGACGAGAAUGACGAGCCGCCGGUUUUUGAGUUUGUGGUGACGAAUGUGACGUUGUCAGAGUCGACGGCGUCAAAUACUGUCGUGGCGAGUGUCAUUGCGCGUGACGAGGACCAAGGAACGAAUGGGACAGUGACGUACAGUCUGCACAGCGAGGUUGAGCACAGGUACCCUGGCAUGUUUGCUGUAGGCGUUUCCAACGGCCGUGUUACGACUCGCACAAAGCUCGACCGAGAAGCCAUGCCUUUCUACGAACUCAAGGUGCUCGCGAGAGACCAAGGCGUCCCAGCCUUGUCAUCCACAGCCACGAUUUAUCUCUCUGUCGAAGACGUCAACGACAACAGCCCGGAAUUCUACCCUCGUUUCUACUUCUUCGACUUGAAGGAAGAACUCGGCCAUGUGCACGCAUUCGAUCGCGACGAAGGCAAAAACGCAGAGAUCACCUACUUUUUCGUCCAGCCGACGGAGGAUCUGCUCAUUGAGCCCAAAACCGGGGAAAUCCGGCUCACAGACUCGGGGAAGGCGAAAAAUAAAAGUUUACGAGUCAUCGUGAGUGCCAAGGACGCUGGUAAUCGGAAAGCCCUGGAAGACGCCGUUGUGCACGUAUUAAAUCCCUCUGCGACGGAAUCGAUUGCGUUCGAGUCGGACAAGUACGUGUUUUCAGUGACGGAGGACAGCGAGGAUGCUGCGAAAAUCGCGUCAACGCCGCGAGAAAUCGGCAGAGUGAAAGUUGUCUCGUCACCGUCGGCAAGUUUCUACGUUGUAGGCGGGGACGAAGAACGAGUGUUCGAGAUCCGCGGUUCCGGCGACGUUGGCGUACUCGAGUCUCGACGCAAAAUCGACCGGGAGAACAAACGACGCUUUGACCUGGACAUCGUCGCCUUUGUGGCGGCCAUGGGUGCCCAUGCUGUCACUCGUGUGACGAUCGUCGUGGCCGAUGUCAACGACAACGCGCCGUUUUUCGGCGUGUCUCGAGCCGUGGCCUACAUUGACGAAGACGCGCCGAUCGGACACGAAGUUUACUUGGCCCGCGCCGAAGACCAGGACGAAGGCGUGAAUUCCGAACUAGUUUACGAACUGUCGACGAACCCCGGGGACAUGUUCUACAUGUCAGCGACGUCGGGAAUGAUUCAUUUGAAGAAGCGCAUCAGUUUUGACGGUUCCGUGGCGUCGGAUUCCGGAGUGGGGCAGACGUUGAACCGAGUCUACAAUUUGGAAGUGACGGCGACGGAUGGCGGGAGUCCGGCGUUGAACGCGAGGCAGUUUGUCAACGUGUUUGUGCAGGAUGUGAAUGAUCACACGCCGGCGUUUGCGCAUAAUUCCUUCGAGACGCUGCUGUUGGAGACAACGGCGGUGAACACGAGGUUCUUUUCGUUGACUGCCACCGACGUCGACCUGGGCGUCAACAGCGCAGUGGAGUACAAGAUCGUCGAUGGUAACGAGGAUGGAAGGUUCGGCAUUUUCCCGGAUGGAAUGCUUUUCUUGAAACGGGGACUGGACCGUGAAACGACCGACUAUUAUGGCUUGAGUGUCGUCGCGAGGGACAACGGCGUGCCAGCGAGGAGCUCGUCAGCGUCUGUCGUCAUUCGCGUCAUCGACGAAAACGACAACAAGCCCGUUUUCAGCAACGAAACCUUCAACUUCUACCUCAGGGAGAACGAAUCCAUCGACACGUUCGUCGGCCGGCUGACAGCGACCGACGCCGACAUCGGCCGCAACUCGGAGCUUUUCUUCUCCAUCACGUCGUCCAUGGGCUUGGACUUCACGAUCGACUCCAAAUCCGGGGUGAUCAAGACUCUCAAGUCCUUUGAUCGCGAGCAGGUACUGGCAUUGUCGGGUCGUUCCUGGCUCACCCUGGACGCCGCCGUGGCUGAUAACGGCGUCAUCCGCCUCCAAGACGUCGCUCAAGUCCUCGUCCACAUCGUCGACGUCAACGACAACGCACCUCAGUUCCCCCGACUCCGCUACAAAGCCAAUGUACACGAAAACGCAGAAGCGGGCACUAAGCUGCUGGAAGUGUCCGCUGACGACGAUGACGAAGGUCGCAACGGACGCGUCUCCUACAGCCUCGUCGCCGGCAAUGAAGACAAUGCUUUCCAACUCGACAGUGACUCUGGCUCUCUGUCACUGCGCUCUCGCGUCGACCGUGAAACCCGGAAUGUGUACGAACUCACCGUUGAAGCCCGUGACGACGGGAACCCGCGUCUGUCGUCGUCGGCGUUGGUGCGCGUGAACGUGCUGGACGUGAACGACAAUGCGCCGAGGUUCGUGGCCGGCUUGGAGACCAUCAACGUGUCUGAGCGAGCGGAAGUUGGCAGAGUGCUGACCAAGUUUGAGGCUGUGGAUGACGACCUGGGCAUGAAUCGGGUCGUCAAGUUUCACAUCAGCGACGGGAACGCGAUGGGCAUGUUUCUGUUGGACGCUGACACCGGGGUUCUGACCCUGGGGAAGCAGUUGGAUUUUGAGCGGGAAACCGGCUACAGUUUGAACGUGACCGUGUCAGAUUCCGGCCACCCGAAGUUGCACACUUGGACGAUGGUGGAAGUGAAGGUGCAGGACGCGAACGACAACCCGCCGCUGUUCUCCAACACUGCCAUCGUGCGACAGAUCGAAGAAGGGAUCCCUGUCGGCACUCCAGUCGUCACUGUGCUAGCCGAGGAUCCCGACGCGGGUCGCAAUGGACAAGUGGUCUACGCCAUCGCUCGCCAAGCCCCAGGCGGAGAACACUUCGGCAUUAACCCACAAACCGGGGUUCUGUUCACGCAGCGACCGAUUGACAGGGAAAGCGAGGACAAUUUCCGCGUCACUGUCGUUGCGAGGGACCUGGGCGAACCCGUGGCCCUGGAAAGUGAGAAACUCGUCACGAUCAUCGUUGAAGACGUCAAUGACAAUGCGCCAGUGUUCACUUCUUUGGCGAGCGGAGUCCUCGUCGGCGGGACCAAAACCGGAAGCGUCGUUUUCCAGGUGACUGCGAAGGAUAUGGACGCGAGUACGAACGGACUGGUGACUUACGAGCUGGUGAACGGGGCCGAUUUCUCGGGCCUGUUCUCAGUGGACAGAGCCACGGGGCGAGUGACGGUGACCCGUGACGUGGUGAACCCGCGCCCGACUUACGAGCUCCACGUCCGGGCCACCGACGAGGCCGUGCAAUCCCAGCGCAAGUCCACGGAAACCCGGCUGACUUUGAUUGGAAUCGCAAAUGUCGGUGGAGACGAGAGCAGCGGCGGCGGCGAGUCCGGAGGGCCAGGCCCGGAGAAGCGGGUGAAAUUUGCGCAGCCCAGCUACUCGGCCAGUGUGGAGGAAAACGAGACUGUGGGCGCGACGGUGGUGCGAGUGGUGGCCAAGGCGGGCGAAGCUCUGGGCCAGGACGUUGAGUACCACUUGGUAGACGUGGCGGCGUUUUCGCGCGGAGUGCGGGUGUCGGGAAGCGGGGAGGGCGGCGCCAACAGUGCGACGAGUUUCGCCGUGGAUCGGGCCAGAGGCGCCGUUGUGACGGCCGCCGUACUGGACCGAGAAGCCGGCGUGGAUGAGUUCAGACUCAAGGUGCUGGCUGUUGUCCCGUCGCCGGUCGGCGUCCAAACUGCCGAAACCACAAAACCGGUUUCCAUGCAUCAGGCCUACUUUUCUGGUCAGCGCGAUACCAUUUACCAUAGGCGACAGGAACACGAGUUUAUGCUAAUCGGGUGCAUGUUCUUGGCCCGGGAUCCAAGCGGGGAAGAUGAAGGAAUGAAGAGAGCUGUAAUUUUGAAUAUCGGACUUCCAGAAAGUUUCAUAAACACCGAUGUUGAAACCGUCGGCGGUUUAUGGAGGGAAAAAUUGAGAGUAAAAAGGCCCCUUUGGGACAAGGAAAACUUCGGCGGUUGGCGGUCUAUCGAGAGAGACUCGUCCGCUCCUCCGUGGGAAUCGAUCCGACCUGCUGAUCGGAAACGAAACGUUUGGUCAUCCUUGACGUACGCCGCGAGUUUCUCCCUCGAGGAAUGCGUGUCUCCUUCAGGCAUUUAUCCAAUCCUAUCGUCGUCUCCCCCCCUUUCUUGCGGCUUCGACGUGGGGAGAAGUAACCAAGUUCCCCCGGUGCAUCCAGUUGAUAGCCGUGUUUAA